GUGCCCGGAUUUUGUGUAAGUGUUGCCAGGCAGACCGUUUCAUUCUUCUUCGCUAAAAUCUUGUGUUUUCUACAUUUUUUUGCUUUAAGGUUUUCUGUAGAAAUAGAUACAGCAGACGACAAUAACAAUGGCAGCAUCAGGUGACCUUGUAGCAGCAUGGGAUGUCCCUUUACCAGAUGGAGUACAUAAAGUAGAGUUUGAACAUGGAACUACCUCAGGGAAAAGGGUCAUAACAGUUGAUGGAAAGGAAAUUUAUAGAGAAGACUGGAUGUUCAAACUUGUUGGAAAAGAACACUUUCAAGUAGGAAAUGCUAAAUGUGUAAUAAGUAUAGACGCUGUCAGUGGAUUUGCCUACGAAUAUCUGUUAGAAGUGAACGGAAAGCCACUGAAAAAGUUUAAAGAAAAUCAGUCAAAGAUACAAAGAGCCUGGUGUUUAAAGAUUGCUGGUCAUAAUUUUAGAGUUUGCUUAGAAAAAAAUACUCUAUAUGUUUAUGUGAAUGGUGACAAAGUUGACACUUUUGGAGAGUUUACAGAUGAGGGAGCAGAGACUCAUUUUGAAAUAGGAGCUCAUUCAGCUGUCAUAAAGGGCUAUACAACAGGAAAACGUAAAGAUGGUGUACAACAUAAACUUUUUGUAGAUGAAAUUGAAAUUCCAGAGGCAAAAGAAUAAUGAUCUGAUAUAAUAGCCUAUUAAAUCUAGAAAAGAUCUCAAUUUAUAUAAUACAAUGUUUCAACUGCAAUAAUUUGUUCAACUUCUAUGAAUUUAACACAAAAGGACCUCCACAAUCUGUGUACAGGGGUGUUUAUAUGAAGUUUAUAUAGAGAUCUACAGUCAAGAUAUUACUGAACAAUAUCUCUUGUUGGACAAAUAGUAUUAUUGCUUACUCUAGUCUUAAUCUAGAUACAAUUUACACAGGGUUUUAAAUUAGUAGGGAAUUAUAUUUAUUUUUUUUCUAUCGCCCCAAUAUAGCCUUUUUGUGCUAUUUAAAUGCAGCGUAAAGCAACCAACAAUCAAUCAAUAUUUUUUUCUGACUCAUGGAUGCAUAUUAUAAUCCAUGCAUGAAAUGUGUAAUUAGAAUUUGUAUAAUGUCAGUAUUUGACAAAGAAAACAAAAAUUUCAGUUCUAUGUUUGCUAUUAAUUUUUGUUUAUAUUUAGUGUAGCUUAUAUAAAGGGGAGAUAAUUUUGGUUAUACUGUGAAUUCCUGUGAUAUUGUGUGAAUGUUUUAAAUGUUUACAAAUGUGUUUAUAACUAUCACUUUGCUAUUUGUUUCUGUGUCAAAAUGUUUUAUAAUUAAUAGUUUAUGUCUACUCUUAUAUGAAAAAAUGAUCAUCUGUUCCAUUCCAUGAAACAAUAAAACAUUCCUAGUUAAUGUUUCUACUCCAUGAAACAACAAAAACAUUCUCAGUAGAUGUUGAUGAAUAUUAUUACAAAAUGAUGAUUUACUAUAAAUCUGAUAUCAAUUGAAUUGUUAUAUUUUUAUGUAUUUUAAUUAUUAUAUUUUGUACAGGUUACAAAAAAAAUUAUUUGUAAUAUAUAUAACUUAUGUUUUGCUCUAUAUGUUACUGAAAUACAUUGGAUCAUUUCACCAUCAUUGCGUGAAUCUGUCCAUAUUGGUACAUGUGUAUUGAGAUAUGAAAUAUGGCAACAUAAAUUGUAUGAAAAUAGACUGGUAUCAUAGUCAUAUAAAUGUCAUUUUACACCUCAGGGCUUUAUUUUUUUAUAAACUGACCAUUUAAAAAUAUAUUCAAGUUGCAAGUGGUAAAUUGCCCACAUUAACACAUAUAAUUGUUUUAGUACUAAAAUAAGGAGAUGUGAUAAGAUAGAAAUGAGACAACUAUAGGCCACUGUAUAGCCAAUUCAAUGAUUUGCUAUCCUGAAAAUAUUGAUAUAUUCUAAUGAUUGCUUAUAGUAAAACUGGCACUUUAAUAGAUUAUUGGUAGAAUUUACUAAAAUAUAAGAGCCAAAAAAUCAUUUUCAUAGGGUAAUGCUGACUAAAAAUGUAGGAAAUCAUCUUGAAAUGUUGCUUGUUUACAUUUCUAUCAACUUUUGUCACUUUGUUGUGAUGUCAUUCAGUAAUUUAUAUGUUUUUUCUCCAUUUUUUGAAACUGAACAUGCCUUUCUUUAAAACUGAUCUUCUAGAUAUGUAUUUGUUAUUAUAUAUAAACUAGUUUUGUCUUGAUCAGCUGCUGUUUCUCAUUGUAUUUGUGUCUCAAGUUAUUUAUUACUUUGAAGGAAAGGGGUUUAUUUUUUUAGCCAUAUAGCUAUUGCAAUUGUUAUAAUUUUCCUUGUACUUAGCUUUCUGUAUUGAAGAUGUGUGAUUCAUUUAUUAAUAUUAAUAGCAGUUACAUACAAAUAUCUUUUGAGUCUUGACCAGUAUAAAAGUAAUGUGAAAAUGAUUAUUUUUAAAUGAUUCCAUUGAGAUUGUGCUUCAAUUAACUGCAUAGUGCUAUCUAUGCACAAUCAGCAUAAUGUAAAUUAUGGAAUACUGCAAACUAUACACCCUUCUAAGAUCUAAAGCACUAUAAGUAAUCUCAUUCUCAUUAAAGUUUUGAUUAAACAGUUAUGUUGAAGGGGGAUUUGAUAGCAAGUAUACAAAUUUCUUGUGAUUUGAAUAAAUUCUUGGUUUCCUACAUCAGCUAUUAACUGUUUACACUUAAUCAGAGCUGGCCUCUUUUAUAUAAACAAAACAGUUGUAUGUAUAACUGUUAUGAAUUUUUAAAAUUACAUUGUUAUACAUUCUGCAUUCCACAUUUGUAAUUUUGUUGUUAUUUUUUGAUAAAAAAAAAUACAUAAUCCAUACAUG